AUAUGAAGUCUUUCGACUUCUGUUCUUCCUGAAAGUGCAUUUGUACAGAGCCUUCCUGUCAACUCACCACACUGCUGACCUUAAGCCUGCAGGAUGUGCGAUCAAACCUUUUUAACUGUCCUUUUUGGGCCGUGUGGCAAAUGCAAGAGAGAAAGACCGCUAAGGACAAUUUAUGUCAAAGCAGAGCCAGUAACGUACUGUUCGUUAUGUGUGGAAAUGAUGGCAACCGAAGGGCUGCAAGAGAAUGAAACCCUGGCCUCUCUCAAGAAUGAAGCCGAGAGCCUGAAGGAGAAGCUGGAGGAAGAGAGGGCUAAACUGCAUGAUGUGGAAUUGCAUCAAGUUGCUGAGCGAGUAGAGUCACUUGGCCAAUUUGUGAUGAAGACAAGAAGAACAUUAAAGGGUCACGGAAAUAAAGUCCUAUGCAUGGACUGGUGCAAGGACAAGAGAAGGAUUGUGAGCUCAUCCCAGGAUGGAAAAGUGAUUGUCUGGGAUGCUUUCACCACCAACAAGGAACAUGCUGUUACCAUGCCUUGUACCUGGGUAAUGGCUUGUGCUUACGCUCCAUCUGGCUGUGCAAUUGCAUGUGGAGGUUUAGACAAUAAAUGUUCAGUGUACCCUUUGACAUUUGAUAAGAAUGAAAACAUGGCUGCAAAGAAAAAGUCUGUGGCAAUGCACACCAACUACCUCUCUGCCUGCAGCUUCACCAACUCGGACAUGCAGAUCUUGACAGCCAGUGGAGAUGGAACAUGUGCUCUGUGGGAUGUGGAGAGCGGACAGCUACUCCAGAGCUUUCAUGGACACGGCGCUGACGUUCUGUGUCUGGAUCUAGCACCUUCUGAAACAGGAAAUACCUUUGUGUCUGGGGGCUGUGACAAAAAGGCAAUGGUAUGGGACAUGCGGACAGGGCAGUGCAUCCAGUCGUUUGAAACCCACGAGUCUGACAUAAACAGUGUCAGAUACUACCCAAGCGGAGAUGCAUUUGCUUCUGGUUCAGAUGACGCCUCGUGCCGGCUGUACGAUCUGCGGGCUGAUAGAGAAGUGGCCAUUUAUUCCAAGGAAAGCAUAAUUUUUGGAGCGUCGAGUGUUGAUUUCUCUCUUAGUGGCCGCUUGCUGUUUGCAGGAUAUAAUGACUACACAAUAAAUGUGUGGGAUGUUCUGAAAGGAACACGGGUCUCUAUUUUAUUUGGCCAUGAAAACAGAGUCAGUACUUUGCGUGUGUCGCCAGAUGGAACUGCUUUCUGUUCAGGAUCAUGGGAUCAUACUUUAAGGAUCUGGGCUUGAGUCUGGUCAUACCCUGUUCACAAGAAGCAAACUACAAAGGAUGUGAUACAUUUAUUGCUGUAGAUUAUAUACACUGUCAAGGCAAACGUACUGCAGGGCACAGAUCAUGAAAUGCUGCUGGUUUCUCAAACAUAUCAGCUUGGUAUCUCAGUCAUAAGUUAUAGCUGUUGCAAAACUACCUACUAGCAUUUGUAUGGAAUUACAGAUGUCUGGAGAUUGCUUUGUCCCCUUUGGACCAAAUACUUAUUACCUGUGCAUUUGUUGUAAAAGUAGUUUUGUUAUUAGAAGGAUUACCACAUUAACUCUUAAAGUUAUACUGCCACUUCCCUACACAUUUAUAUGUUCUGUACAUAUAUAUUUUGUGAUAUGGAUUGCCUUAUUCUUUAAGGACACAACCCGUUACUAAAUGACUAAUGGUGGCUAUACACAUUGCGAUCCGUUUAUUUGGCAAGAUCUUCUCCCAAUAUGCCCACCUAAGGCCGAAUUGGUCUGAAGGACCCGAAUCAGCUGCUGAAAUCUGCCCGUGUAUGGCCACCUUAAGACAUCUGUCUUGAAGCAUUGCCAUUUUCAAACUACUUGCUGGUGGACACUUAUUAGAGAUGGGUAUAUGUUUAAAUAUAGGGUAUAACUUAUUAGAUGAAAGAAAGAAAACCUUUCAAUUACAUGUACAAUAAGCUCUACUUAUAAGUUGGAUGCUGCUGUAUUUUAACAGAAUAAGCUUUUACUCGCUUCCUAGGUGUUUCCAGAAUUGCCUCUUUGUAAUGCUCCUAUGUGAUACCAUUGUGUAUAAGAUGUAUGACAUGGCCUAGCAUAGCAAGCUGGGCAGUGCUACAUUUUAUAGUAUGAAUGCAGAACAUGUGCAGGUAGCCAAAAGCACAUAGAAGUUAGUUACUAGAUAAAAAGUCCAAGCAUUGCACUGUGAGUGCAGUGAAGAGGUGGAGCAGUACAAAAUGUUGCUACAUUCAAGUACAAAGAGCCAAACUCUUAGACACAUAGAUGGUAUGGUAGGCAGAAUUUAUCAGUUAUAUCACUGACAGGAGUCAUUAAAAAAGAGAUGUCAGAGAUGUGGCCCUACAGCUCCUACCAGCUGAAGGAGAUAUAAUUUCCAAUAGCUAUAUAGAUGCAUAUUGACAUGCCCAUAACAUAGUAAAUAUAUUUAUUCCCAUGCAUAUUUGCGGCAUUUAAUUACUAUUUUUAUAUACGUUAUGCAUACCCUGUUUUAACCACAAAAUACACUGUGUCUGUGGGGCCCACAGCAUUUCAUGUCAUGAAGUAUGGCACAACAGAAGUAGCUUAUAGAAAUGCUUAGCUACUGUGUUUUAUUGAGGACUAAAAUGUACCCCUGCACUUAAUUUUUUUCUUAGCCCACAGAAGGCCCAUGCAGGUGCAUCUUAACCAGCGUUACACAGCUUUGUUUCGGAGUCACAUGAAUUCUGAGUGUCUCUUUCUAAAGGAAUUAAGAACUAAGUGUAUAGCCCAUGAGCCAGAGUCUGGUAUAUAUUGGCAAGUAUUCUUCAAGGUGUGAACAUAUGUUGCUUCCAGCAUCUCUCUCUAUUGUUAUGGGCAACACAUCCAGCUCUGCACGCUGCAUUCUCUUUAGCAUAGCUAGUUCAAGGAGAAUGGUAAAAGGUCUAGUGUCAGUCAUUCCUGCCUUGCAUGAUUUAAGAUAUUGCAAUGACACAUCAGUCAAGUACAAAUACACUGCUACCGAUAGAGCCCCCCUUUGUUCACAUAUGAAAACCUCCAACACAUGCACUGCAUAAACUGUACUGGGCCCUAACUAUUUGGCCUAUGGUACCUCUGCUCUAUAAUGUGCAGCAGCGUCAGAAUGCAAGUAUCUGCAAGGGUUUGUUUUUGACUCCUAAAACGUCAUUGGAGCCAUGAAUAGCCAGUUAAAUAUACAUUUAACACUAAGGAGAGAUGAUGGGAAUUAUGAAUGAUUGCAGUGCAGUACUGCCUUUAUAAUUAGAAAGUAAUGUAACAGCUACAAUUGCACUAGAGUGAACCCUUAGGUUAAUAUUUAUGUCUUUCAUCUCACCACUGUUGUAUAAAGUAGCUCUUUGGGAUGUAUUGAUUCAUUCUCAUAUUUAUUUUAAAGCUAUUCUAUGUUACGCUAGAUGGAGAAAUGUACAAAUAAAUAUUUUACAACAGGAA